GAAAGAGAAAGUGAAACAAAACACAGCACAAACAAACACACUGAUUCUUCUUCUUCUUCUAGCAGAAUCGAUCCACAGAGAAAAUCGAAAAGAUGAACACAGACAUAACUGCAUCAACAAAACCAGAUUACCCAGUCAUUGAUCGCAACCCACCAUUCACCACCGUCGUCGGAAACUUCAACACUCUCGACUACCUCCGUUUCACCACCAUCGCCGGCAUUUCCGUCACCGUCGGUUAUCUUUCCGGGAUUAAGCCUGGAAUUAGAGGACCUUCAAUGGUGACUGGUGGAUUGAUUGGUGUUAUGGGUGGAUUCAUGUAUGCUUAUCAGAAUUCUGCUGGGAGAAUCAUGGGUUUCUUUCCCAAUGAUGCUGAGGUAGCUCGUCACAACAAAAAAUGAUUUUUUUUUUUGUUCAUAUUCAAUGAAGAAAGAAAAAACCCUCUUUUUAAUGAGUUGUUGAAUAAUCAGAUUUCUAUGUAUUGUUGUUGUUAUUGUGAUGAUGAUUUUUGAGGGAUUAUGUGUAUCAAUUUGGUUAACAAGUUAGUAGAUUUCUGUGUUUUGUUUUGUUUUGUGUACUUUUGCAUUUUAGGGUAAAUGUGUUAUGUUUUUAAAUAAAUGAUUCCCUUUGAAUGCAACUUCAUGAAUUCUAUGUUGUUUGCUACUUAUUAGUAAUGGAACAAAUCUUGAGUUGGACAAUAA